AUGUAUAUAACCUCCCUUGCUCCAUCUUCUGAUAUUCUUCUUCUUUUGAGAAAUUCUGAUCUUCUUCUUAAAUCUUAAUCACUACAAUCAUAUCAUAGUUUGUGUAAAUGGAUCAGCCCAGAUUUGUGAUUGAAGCAGCUGAGGCUGAGUCCAUGGCCCAAUCACUAGCCCUCCCCUCCGUCCGCCACCUCCUCCCGGCGCUUGUGCGUCCGGCCCAGGCCUUGGCCAGGCCGCCAAUCUCCAACUACCACGUCGCCGCCGUGGGAUUGGGCUCCGACGGCCGCGUCUUCGUCGGCGUCAACCUCGAGUUCCCCGGCCUCCCUCUUCACCACUCCGUCCACGCCGAGCAGUUCCUCGUUACCAGCCUCAAAGCCCACGGCUGUCCCCGCCUGCUCGCGCUCGCUGUCUCCGCCGCCCCCUGCGGCCACUGCCGCCAGUUCUUCCAAGAGCUUCGGAACUCCUCCGCCAUCCAAAUCCUCGUCACAUCCCAAAACAAACAAAUCUCUGAUGUCACUUUCAAACCCUUAUCCCAAUUCCUCCCCAACCAGUUCGGGCCCUAUGAUCUCCUCGACGACCAAACCCCCCUCCUUCUCGAGCCUCACCACAAUGCCUUGUCUUUAACUCCCAUCAUUUCCGAUGAUAAUCGAGAAAACCAUCAAAAUCUCAGCAAUUGCAAUGGGUUCUCCGAGAACGAUCACCAUAAUCUAUGCAAUGGGUUUAGCAACAAUUCAGCCCUUUUGAAGGCCGCAGCUAUGGAGGCUGCCAAUGAAUCACACGCGCCGUACACAAAUUGCCCUUCAGGGAUGGCAUUGAUGGACUGUGAAGGGAAAGUCUACAAGGGCUCUUAUGCUGAAUCGGCGGCAUAUAAUCCGACACUGGGCCCAUUUCAGGCGGCAUUGAUUGCCUUUGUGGCCGGAGGGGGAGGUGGAUAUGACCAGAUUGUGGCGGCGGCUCUGGUGGAAAAGGAAGAGGCAAAAGUGAAGCAAGAAGACACUGCCAGGCUGCUGUUGAAGGCUGUUUCCCCAAAGUGUGAACUCAAGGUGUUCCACUGCUCUUCUUCCACUGCAAAUUUCUGUAAAAAGGCUCCAAAUUGAUCAGCUCAAGAAUCUGGACAGGAGAUGAACAGAGAAAUGUACUGCAUAACGCAUAUGGCCGACAAGAGCUAGAUUGGGAUUAAGCGAUCAAUUAGAUUCUAUGAAUUGGAAUAGCAAUGGUGUUUUAAAUUAGAGUCAACACCUAAUUCAUGAAUAUAAAAUUCCCAGGGCCAUGCAUACUGGCUGUUGAACAAGGUAUGGGAGAAAAGAAGCAUGCUGUUAAUUUGUUGUUUAAUUAAGACCUCUGCCAUCUUCUGGAUGAACCAAAUUUAUAUUCAGAAUGAAUGGUACAUUUAUUGUGCA